GUGUUCUUUAAGGAAGACCAAAAGCUUGGGUUUCCCAUUCUCUCUUCAUAGCGUUGUACUCCAAAAUUCCCACUCCGCCGCUCGCCAUGACGGAACCGCUGCCUCCACCGCCAACUCAGCCGCUUCCGUCGGCGGUAGCGCCUCAUCUGAACUAUCCGGAGUCGGUGGACUCCUCUCCGAGGUCUCGCAACGCUGAUACGUGGGAUGAGCCUCUUGCCCCCGCCGCACUCGCUAGUCGGCUUCGCUUUAUGUGCAGCUAUGGCGGCCAUAUAGUUCCUCGUCCUCACGAUAAGACUCUGUGCUAUGUUUCUGGUGAGACACGGAUCGUGGUUGUCGACCGUCAUACCUCUUUAUCUGACCUGACUGCUCGUUUGUCGAAGACGCUUCUCAAUGGUAGGCCGUUUACCUUGAAAUAUCAGCUUCCGAAUGAGGAUUUGGAUUCUCUGAUUUCUGUUACCACUGAUGAGGAUUUGGAGAAUAUGAUUGAUGAGUAUGAUCGGACAGCGAGUAAUUCUUCUAAUUCUGCCGCAAAACCCUCGCGACUUAGGUUGUUUUUGUUCCCGAUUCAGCCGGAUGUUUCUCAGUCAAUUGGCCCAAUUCUUGAGAGCUCUACUAGCUCUGAUGACUGGUUUUUGAAUGCUUUGAAUGGUGCCGGUUUGCUUAAUAGAGGUUUUUCGGACACUGCAUCGGUCAAUUGCUUGUUAGGGCUUGAUGAUGAUGUUGGUGUUAACAACCUCGAUUCGGGUACAAGAGAGGCGGAGGGUUCUCAGCCUGGUUCGUUUGGAAAUGGCAAGGGUGGAAAACAGGAUGUUCAUUCUGUUCCUGAUUCGCCGAUGAUCGAGACAACUUCGUCUUUUGGUUCCACCUCUUCUUCGCCUUCUUUGGCGAAUUUGCCGCCGAUUCGAGUUCAUUUGGAGGAUGCCGGCAAUAGCGGUGGCGGUGGUGUUGGUGCAGUCCGAGUCCAAGAUCAGAAGGUGGGAAUUGAGGAGCAAUUUUCGCAGAUUAGUGUUGGUGGUGUUGGGCAAAAGCAGCAAGAGGAAACUUUCGCAGUACUCUCUUCGCCGCCUCCUUUGCCUACAACUAUUGUGGCUACGGCGGCAGGCUCUGCAAUUCCUGUGAGCGCAGCUGUUGGAGUUGGUGUAGGAGAAUAUUCCAAUCGGGCGAUCUCUGAUGACGAGAGAUCGGACCACGGGGUGCAGGUUGGUUACCGAAAACCACUGCCACCUCAACCACUGCCACCUCAACCACAAUCCCUUAUCCCCCCAUUGCAGCAGAAAUCAAGUGGACUUGUUGAUAUACCUUCCCCGGACUCAAUGUCAAGUGAUAGUAGUAUAAACAAUCCGAUGUCUCGCUCAAUACCUGUGAUGUAUCAAGAACAAGUUCAUCAAAUCCCCUCUUCUGCCGUUAGGAUUCCUGGUAGUCCCGCAGAUCCAAAAGCCAAUAUUUCUGAUCAGAACACUCGGGUGCAUAUUCAACAACAGGUCCAAGAAGCAGGGUAUGUGUUACAAUCUCAUUACGAUCAGCAUCAACUUCAGCAACAACUUCAGCAACAGCAACAACACCCACCUCAACCACAGCAAUUCAUACAUGCGGGCGCUCACUACAUCCAGCAGCACCCAUCUGGCGCAAUGCCCAUGCCAACAUUUUUCCCUGUAUAUUCUCCUCAGCACCCUCAUCUUCCCCAUCGGAUGGAGCACCAAUAUCCAGUCUACUACCUGCCUGCUAGACAGGCCCAAGCUUAUGGCAAUUUGCCUGUACAGCAAUCUACCAUGAGCGAGGCUGUUGCUGCUAUUCCUCCUGGCCAGCCCCAAACCCCUACGAAUCCAACUUUGGUUACUACUGCAGCUUUCAACCCCAUGAGGAAUGCUCCUAUUGCGAAAACCGAAGUGGUUGCCAAUGCGUACAAACAGACAACUACACCUACUCAAUCUUUAGUUCAGGUUCCCACAAGUCAGCAUCAACAACAAUACGUUGGCUACAACCAGGGUUACUCUCAUAUUCAGCAUCCAUCCCAAUCGGUCACACCUACAUCCGCUCCUGCAAACUAUGCCUACGAAUUUCCAGAGCCUGCUCAUUCCCAGAUAUAUUAUACUCAGCCUCUAGCACCACCUUCUCAGUACCAAGCCAUGCCCGCACCUGCUGUAAUGCUGCCUGAAAAUUCUGCUCAGCUUCCCACUGACAACAUGAAGCAGCAGAUGAGAACUUCUCAACCAUUAUAGUCUGUUCAGAAAGAAGAAACAAUUUUGGAAUAAAGUAUUUGGUUUUGUUUACAAAUUUAAAAUUUAUUGUCUGUCUUGUGAUUGGUAUCUAUUGGUUUGUGCAUGUAUCUGAGGUAGAGUUAAUAAGUAAUUGUUGUUGUCUUUUGGUUCGUGUGCCAUAUUAUUUGUUUAUUGUCAUAGAGAAUGAAAAAGUGGUCUGGAGAUUAUAGUUAUACUGUAAAAGUUCUGAACUUAAACAUCGUGUGUUUGUGCAGUCAA